AUGAUUUCCUUCCCUUCAUUUUGGAUCAUCUUUGGUCUCAUUUCUUCAUGUCUCGGUCAAGCCUAUUGGUAUGAGACAAUUGCCCAUCAGGGAGUCGCUCCUUAUAAUCCCCAAGGGACUGCAUAUCAAGUGUUCAGAAAUGUGAAGGAAUUUGGAGCCACAGGCAACGGUGUAACCGAUGAUACAGCUGCGAUUAAUGCAGCAAUUGCGUAUGGAUCUCGCUGUGUCGAAGGAGUUCCAGGAGUUGGAUGUGCAUCUGCCACUAACUCCCCAGCCGUGGUGUACUUUCCUGCUGGAACUUACUUGAUUUCAUCUCCCAUUCUUCCCUACUAUAUGACUCAAUUGAUUGGAAAUCCAAAUGCCUUACCAACAAUCAAAGCCACUGCUGGUUUUGUAGGUCUAGCACUUAUUGAUGCCGACCCUUAUGGAUCAUCUGUACCAGAUUAUGGAACUACGAAUGUAUUUUAUCGUCAAGUACGAAAUUUUAUUAUUGACACUACAAAUAUGCCCGCUACUUCGUUGGCACGAGGUAUUCACUGGCCAACAUCUCAAGCUACUAGUCUCCAAAAUAUGGUUUUUAAUCUCAAUAAAGCGAGUGGUACUUUGCAUCAAGGAGUUUUCAUAGAAAAUGGUUCUGGUGGUUAUUUGGAUGAUCUCAUCUUCAAUGGUGGUCAAUAUGGCAUGAGUGUUGGAUCGCAGCAAUUUACCUCGCGAAAUUUAACAUUCAAUAAUUGCGGGACCGCUAUAUAUCAACUUUGGGAUUGGGGAUGGACAUAUAUGGGAUUAUCAAUCAACAACUGUGGUGUAGGUCUCGAUAUGUCUGAUGGAGGCUCUACAGCACAACAAGUUGGAUCAGUAACUGUCAUCGACAGUACUUUCUCUAAUACUCCUAUUGGUAUCCUUACUGCUCGAAGCAGUACAUCACUUCCUCUUACCGCUGGAAGUCUAGCCAUCGAAAAUGUGGUUUUCACCAAUGUUCCAACCGCUGUACAAGGUGCAAAUGGUGUAUCUUUAGCAGGAAGCACCGGUUCCAUGACAGUCGCUGCUUGGGUGCAAGGUAAUACCUAUAGCCCUACAGGUCCCACUUCAACUCAAGGUGCAACAUCUGCUUUCCCUCGUCCAGCAUCAUUGCUCAGUGGUACAAGAUAUUAUACUCGAUCUAAACCUCAAUACAACACUCUUGCAGUCACUCAAUUUGCUAGUGUUCGUACAGCCGGAGCUAAAGGCGAUGGGAUAACGGAUGAUUCAGCUGCUAUCCAAGCAAUCAUCACUUCUGCAACUGCCGCUGGUAAAGUGGUAUACUUCGACUCUGGUAUUUAUAAAGUAACCACCACAAUUUCUAUUCCAGCAGGUGCUCGAAUGGUCGGAGAGACUUAUCCCGUAAUAAUGGGAUCUGGAUCCUUCUUCGCCAAUAUGGCUGCUCCUCAACCAGUUAUACGAAUCGGAUCCACAAGUGGCGAAACCGGUAUUGUAGAAUGGUCAGAUAUGAUUGUAUCAACGCAAGGCGCCACAGCAGGAGCAACACUCAUCCAAUGGAAUCUCGCAUCUCCAUCUACCACACCUUCUGGAAUAUGGGAUGUGCAUACCCGAAUUGGUGGGUUUGAUGGUAGUAAUUUACAGGUUGCUCAAUGUCCUACGACAGGUACCCAACCGAAUACUAAUUGCAUCGCUGCAUUUAUGAGUAUGCAAAUCACUAGUAUCGCAAGUGGAUUGUAUAUGGAAAAUGUAUGGUUGUGGACUGCAGAUCAUGAUAUUGAUGAUGUGAUUGAUACUCAAAUCUCUGUCUAUAGUGGCAGAGGAUUAUCGGUCGAGAGUACUACUGGAAAUUUUUGGUUGAUUGGAACAGCUGUGGAACAUCACGCGCUUUAUCAAUACCAAUUCGCCAACACUCAAAAUGUAUUUAUGGGAUAUAUCCAGACGGAAACCCCUUACUACCAACCCGUCCCCCAAGCAACCUCGCCCUUCCCCCCAGUCACCACCCUCAACGACCCCGAUUUCAGCACCUUCUGCGCCGGUAAAUCUGCUACAUGUUAUGACGCAUGGGGAUUACGCAUUUUAGAUUCCCAGAAAAUUCUCGUCUACGGCGCUGGUUUUUACAGUUUCUUCAACAAUUAUAGUCUUACAUGCUCCAACCACACCAGCACAACAUACAACAGUAACUGCCAGACCCAAGUUUUCGGUAUCGAUGAAGGCGGGUCCGCGACGGAAGCAUAUGCAGGUUCGACGGUGUAUGUAUAUGGAUUGAAUACGUUGGGGGUGGAAAGUAUGAUUGAUAUGGAUGGGAAGAGUGUAGCGAGUUAUACUGCGAAUGAGAAUGUUUAUGGGGCGAAUGUGGUGAGGUUUGUUAGUUAG